AGUGUAGUCUCACAGCUCUGUCAUUACGAACUGUUAUAAUCUCUAAUCGUUUUAGUCUUUUUUUUCUGUGAAAUAUAAUUAUACCCGUCGAUUGUUAGUGAAUAAAUUGAUUGUCUUUAUUAACGCCUUGAGAAAACCGCGGAAAUCCUUUUGUUUAGUGUUUUGCAUCCGGUCUUAUGCGCAUACUUCAGAAUUAAAAAAAGUUUACAUUUGAUAUCACAUUAGAAAAAUGUUAAAUGUUGGUGAACGGGGUUCCGGUGUUCGUCAGAGACCCGCUGGAUUUGAUCAAAACUUUGAUGAGCUCCGAAGCAAAUGCUUAAAACAAAAAAUACUAUUCAAAGAUCCAGAAUUCGACACAUACGAUUUAUCCUUGUCUCACAGAAAUCUCCGAAAAAAUCAGCUUGAGUGGCGAAGACCAAAGGAAAUUACAGACGAUCCCAAAUUUUUCGUGCAAGGAUCUUCAAGAUUUGAUGUGCAGCAAGGAAAAUUAGGGGACUGUUGGUUAUUAGCGGCCAUAGCAAAUUUGACUUUGGAUGACAAACUUUUUUAUAAAGUAGUGCCUUUCGAUCAAGGAUUCCAUAUUAAUUACGCUGGAAUAUUCCACUUUCAAUUUUGGCAGUUUGGCAGAUGGGUUGACGUGGUUAUUGACGAUCGUUUACCGACAUCUAAAGGAAAUUUAUUAUUUCUUCAAUCAUCAGCCAAAAACGAAUUCUGGAGUGCCCUACUGGAGAAAGCAUAUGCCAAAUUAAACGGUUCAUACAAAGCUUUGGAAGGAGGUUUCACAAUGGAGGCUAUGGGAGAUUUCACUGGAGGUGUGUCAGAAAUGUAUGAUCUAAAUAAAGAACAACCCAAUUUGUUCACGAUUAUGCUAAAUUCAUUCCAACGACAAUCGCUCAUGUGUGGUGUAAUAUUCGAUUCGCAAUUGCCUGAUCCAGAAAAAAAAGGGUUGAUAAAAGGUCAUGCAUAUAGUAUUACCAGGAUAACUUAUAUACCUUUACCAACGAGUAAUAGUAUUAUACCUCUCAUUAGACUUCGAAAUCCUUGGGGCGAUGAAAGCGAAUGGAACGGCCGUUGGAGUGACAAAUCAGAGGAGUGGUUAAAUAUACCUCAACAAUUAAAACAAUCAAUAGGUCUCAAAAAAGAAGAUGAUGGAGAGUUUUGGAUGCCAUUCGAAGAUUUUGUCAAAUAUUUCUCUGCAGUGGAAAUUUGUCAUUUGAAUCCUGGCUAUCUAGACAGGGAACAAUAUGGGGCAAGCGGAGGGAUAAAAUGGGACCUGAGUAUAUUUCAAGGUGAAUGGGUCCGAGGUGCAACAGCUGGUGGAUGUGAUAAAUUUAAAGAAACGUUUUCAAGUAAUCCUCAGUACUAUAUAACAAUAGUAGAUCCUGAUGAAAAUGACAAUAACAAUAUGUGUACCGUAAUUAUUGCAUUAAUGCUCAAGGAUACACGAUUCCAAAAAAAUCAGCAAGAUAUAUCAUUGUCAUUUGGAUUUUAUGUUUAUAAUCUCAACACUUCAAAGUCUGUGCCGAAACCAUUGGACACACAUUUUUUUGAAAAUAACGAUCCUUUAGAUAAAGUCCAUUGUUCUGAGUUCAAACCAAGAGAAGUCUGUAAGAGAUUGAUUGUACCUCCUGGCAAAUAUUGUAUUAUACCUUACACUUCUAAUCAGAAUGAACAAGGUGUGUUUUUACUCAGAGUGUUUUCAGAAAAAAAAAAUAAUUUGGCGGAGUUCGAUAAUGAAGUAGGAAUGGUUGAAAUCGAUGAUAAGAUAAAAAAAUUGGCACUUUACAGCAAAAAAAGUGACGAUUCAAAUGAAAAAUUAAAAAAAUACUUCCUUAAAGUAGCAGGGAGUGAUAAAGAGGUCGAUUGGAUGGAUCUUAAAAAUAUUUUGGAUUUUUCUAUGAAAGAUACUGGAAACUCAAAAUUCUCAAAUGAUGUAUGUCGUUGCUUUAUUGCUAUGAUGGAUUGGGAUAGAUCAGGUAAACUUGGUUUUAAAGAAUUCGAAAGACUAUUGAUGGACAUUAGACAGUGGCAGGUGGUUUUUAAAACUUACGAUAAGAAGAACAAGGGUUAUAUCAAAGGGUUUGAACUAAGACCAGCAUUAUCUUCGGUUGGUUACCAUAUUAAAACACGUACCAUAAACACUAUGUGUCAUCGGUAUGCUAACAAAAAAGGAUACAUAAUGUUCGAUGAUUUCAUCAUGUGUGCCAUACGUCUUAAAACCACGAUAGAUAUCUUCAAAGAACACGAUCCUGGAAAUAAAAAUGUUGUAUCGUUUACAUUGGAAGAAUGGGUGGAAAAAACAUUUUACUCGUAAAUUUAAAUAUAAAUUGAGUUUUAGUCUUACGAACAUUAUAUAUAAUAUAUAUAUAUAUAAAUUAAUACUUACUGUUUACCGAUAUCAAGGUUAUAGCUUAAAUGUGUAGUUGUGCGCUAUUCAUAACAAUAUUAUUUAUCAAGAAUAAUAUUAUAUUAAUAUACAAUGUCAAACAUUUUUAUCUGAUACUAUUUUUAUUUUUAUCUAUUUAAAUUUUCAUUGAUAUCUGUUACAAAUAUAUCGAUAUAAACAAAUUAGUUUGGAUAUUAUAUCUAUAGGUAAAAUAAUCUGGUUUCUGAAUGAAUUAUUUGUGUAUUCACUGUUUUUAUUUAGGUAGUUGACACUUGAA